UUUUCUCAUUAAAACUAAAAGCAACACGACCUCCCGCCAUCAAUUAUUAACAGAGUCAAGUCAAGACAGCAAGUCAUUUGGCAGAAACAACAAAGAAUGGUGCCAAUUUCCAGCUACAACGAAGAGCGCCGCCAAUUUCCUGGUAAUUUCCAGCAUCACCUCUCUCCAUACCUUACAGCUACGAAGAGUACUACAAAAAAUCAAAGCAUCUGCUGGGUGCCAAUGACACAAAAAUCUUCAGCGAAUUAAACAGAGCCAAUAAAAAAGAAGAACGCCAAUGUCCAGAGAGUCAGAUUCUCGCCGCAGCAAAACCAUCGGCAGCAGUGGUUCUUCCAUUGUGUGGUCAAUGUCAAAACGACGGAUGUUAGGGGCGGAGAUUCAGCAGAGGGGAUAGGUUUUUGCAUCUUUAGAGCGCCUCAAAGUCUGUCCGAGAUCAAUCCAGAAGGCUUACCAGCCUAAAAUUGUCCCGAUCGGCCCUUACCACCAUGGAGAGCGACACUUUCAAAAGACUCAAGAGCACAAGCGACGAUUCUCCACCGAUCUGCUCCAUCGAACAGACCAAACGACAGACAAGCUAGAGCACUUCGCCGAGGCUUUAAAACCAAAGGAGGAGGAGAUAAGAAGGUGUUACUCUGAGGAGUUAGAUUUCGACAGCGAUGAGCUCAUAGGGAUGAUGGUUCUCGAUGGUUGUUUCAUCAUUGAGCUGUUCUGCAAGUACUACUACCGUAAAUCCCCAGGCCACACCCAUCUGAAGCAUGACCCCUUACUGACUGAACAAUGGAGGUUGCCUUUCCUUAUGCAGGAUCUCGCCAAACUCGAGAACCAGAUUCCAUGGUCCGUUCUUAAAUGUCUAUUUGAUCUAACUCUGGGGUCCUGGAAUGAGGAACAUCCUUCUCUAUCCGAACUUGCCUUGAGUUUCUUCAAUCAGAUAGUUCAAAGAAAAGAUGAUAUCUUGAAGAAGUACUUCAAUCGGGAAGGAGAACAUUUGCUUGAUUUCCUCCGUUGUACAUACAUCCCAGAAUCUCAAGAAACAAAGAGAAAGGCGAAGGAAAGAAAGACAAAUGAUUUCCUUCAACUGAUCCAGCCCGCGAAUAAGCUACGCCAGGCAGGCAUUCAGUUCAAGCCCACCCAUUGUGAAAGCUUCAUGGACAUCAAAUUCAGUAAUGGUGCCCUGGAAAUUCCGGUACUAAAAUUUGAUGACUUUUUGAGUAGUCUGUUCCUCAACUUCAUUGCAUUUGAGCAGUGCCACUGUGGAUCCUCCAAGCACGUCACGGAUUAUGCCACUUUCAUGGCUUGCCUCCUUAACACACCAGCAGAUGCCGAGUUCCUGUGCAACCGCAAGAUCAUCGAGAGAUUCUUUGGGACAGAUAAGAAAAUUGCCCAAUUCUUCAACAACAUCGGGAAAGAUAUCGUGUUCAACAUCCGCAAGACCUAUUUACGCCAUGUGUUCCAGGAUGUAAACAGGUAUUGCGAGAAGGACUGGCGAGUACAUUGGGCCAGCUUCAAGAACACCUUCUUCAAAACGCGGUGGUAUCUCCUUACAGCUAUAGUAGCUUUCAUAGUUUUGGAUUUGUCAACAGUUCAGUCUUUAUAUGCUGUGCUUGCUUAUUACCGACCUACUCCUUAGCCACGUUUGAUGCAUGAUCUACUUCUGCUGCUAAUUGUUAUAGGUCAUUAGUGCAUGUUUCUGACUCCCUUAGUUGUUUCAAUAUCAUUAGCAAUGUCAGUCCGUUAUAUUCAUUUGGAACUAUAUGAUUGGGGGUGAGACUGAAUUGUCUUCCAAUGAAUGAUAUACCGCCUCUAAUUUUUGAGUUCA